AUGUAUUUCCAAGUUGAGGAGCUGCCAGACUCAGUCAAGUGGACUGCAUCUCCUUCAGGUAAUUUCACAGUGGCCUCAAUGAGGAAAUGGUAUGAGGAGACUCAAGGCCCAAAAUUGCAGGUUCCUAAUCUGUUAUGGAGAGGUGUGGCCCCUCCAAAAGCUCAAUUUUUAAGCUGGUUGGCAUGGAGGGGAAGGGUUAAAACCAUUAGUCUUUUACAGAGGUGUAGGGCCUUAAGCAGAGAUGUGGAGAAUCUGUGCCUUUUCUGCAAGCUGGAACCAGAGUCCGUGGAUCAUUUGUUCCUGCAAUGCACGGAAAUUUGGAAGGUUUGGUCAUCUCUGCUUCAAUGGUGGGGAGUAUCUUGGGUCAUUCCUGCUACAGUUGAUGGUGUGCUGUUAUGGUGGAUGGGUACAAAAUUCAAGAAGUCAGUUGAGAGGAUUUGGAGACUUGUCCCAAUUGCAAUGUUAUGGUCAGUAUGGAGGUUAAGAAAUGAGUGUGUUUUUAAAGGAAGUCAGCCUAAUAUGGAAGCGCUUGGUGAAAUAGUGAAAGUUAGGGUUGGGCUGUGGGCCAAGUCUGGGCUGCCCAGCCAAUCCGUGUCUGCUGGUGUGUGUAACCAGUUUGUUGGGAGGCUUCAGCUUCUGGUCUGUCAAGGCAGUACAGAGGCCUGCCUGGCUAUGGUCUGUGAAGGCAGUGCUUCUCCUUCAGGGAUAGUUGGGCUGCAGUGUGGUGAUGUUUUCAGAAUUCAGAAUCUGCAUUCUGUUGAUGUUCUCAAUCUGUGUCUGCUGGUGUGUGUAACCAGUUUGUUGGGUCUCUUUCCGGAGCCUGGGGGGUAUGUUUGCAGCUUGGCGGCAGAGUGGGAGGUUCCAGCUUCUGGUCUGUCAAGGCAGUACAGAGGCCUGCUUGGCUAUGGUCUGUAA